GUAGCGACAACGUCAAAAGUAUUGAAAGACAGCAUCGAAAUUAUUUCGUAAUUAUCUCUACCUCGUCGAGAUGACCAAGAAGGAGAAAAAAGUCAAAACGGGUCUGGAAAAAAUAAUGAAACCACCGUCAGCCGAAUUUUACAAGCAAAUUAACCAUGAUUUGCGAAGUAUGGAAGUUGAAACCCUGUACUGUCAUCCGAAAUUCGCACCGAGAGCAAACAACACAUUUACGCUUAGUAAUAUCGGCCUAAAUCUUGUUCCUGUCAAAAGUAUCGAGGAAUAUAACGAUUUGAGUUCGGUAAAUACUUUACCUGACCAAAAACUCCGGUAUUUCGAUGAGAAUUUCGAAGAAAUACGUCACAAUGGCACGAUAUCAUUACCCAAAAUUAGUUUUGAAUCACCGCGCAGCAGAGGUGGGAGCGAUGCAGAAAGUUACCUCAAAGAGUCGCCAAAGGAUGGUGUCGCCACGAAAUUUAAGUGUUUGGAUUGUAAACCCAACACUAUAGUUUACAAUAUAAAAUCAAUGGUUUGUAAAAAUAAACGUAGUUUCAAAAUGCGGAGUUGCAAACAAAUGGAUGAAAGGACUCAAAAUUACGGAGGGGGCUUGUUGGAUAAGCGAAUUGAGUAUUAUUAUACGAUGAGCCAAACGUUACUUCGUAAAAUUUAUAACAAUUUACGCAUAUGUUUCAAGCUACUUAUCCUUGAUAUGGCUAUCAGUUACUUUUAAAUUGCAUUUUUCUUAUUAUUUGUCUUAAACUGGGAGAGCAUUUACCAAUUUCACG